UUUGCUCCCAGUCUCCAUGUCCCAAGUUUUGGCUAAAUGAACGCAUUCAUACGAAGAAGAAGUGAUUCAUACAAGCCUAUCUCCAUGCCUUUGUUUCUCUAUUUGAUGCGUGCCGAAGCUUCGAUUCCGUGUUAAUGGAAUGCGACCUUCUUCUUCCCCUCAACAUGCGCAUAAUCCCACAUGCUUUGCGAGGUCUUUGUUCUCCCAUUUACCCAAUACCCACUUAUCGCAUGAUACUCCUACACAAAAGCUACAGCUUUUCAAGACCAUUGUUUCUUUCUCUUCGUUUUCGCUCAUCUCCUUCUGCUGCUUUGAAUGUUAUUCAACCCAAUAUUGAAGUAGGCAGCAAAUUAUUUAGUGCCAAUUUGCCCGAGUCAAGUAAAAGUGGGGUGAAUUUGGAUAGGUUGGGUAAUAGAGGGAUUGGAAAUACAGGUGGAAAAGAGAGGCUUAAAUGGUACUCACAAAUGCUGCGAGACUGUGCUUUGAAUGAAGGGAAGGCAAUUCAUGGGCACGUUAUCAAGAACGGGGUAGACCCAGAUAUGCAUUUGUGGGUUUCAUUGAUUAAUUUCUAUGCAAAGUGUCAAAGUUUGGAGUUUGCACGUCAAGUGUUUGAUGAAAUGCCGGGCCGGGAUGUGGUGUCUUGGACGGCUCUAAUCGCGGGGUUCGUUGCUGAAGGCUAUGGCAGUGAUGGUGUUUACUUGUUUAAUGAGAUGAGGAAGGAAGGUAUUAGACCCAACGAGUUUACUUUAGCGACUGGUUUGAAAGCUGGUUCUAUGAGCUUGGAUUUAGAGUUUGGGAAACAGGUACACGCGGAGGUGAUUAAAGUUGGGAAAUUCUCGGAUGUUUACGUUGGUUCUGCUCUCGUUGACCUCUAUGCAAAAUGCAGUGAGAUGAAAUAUGCAUGUAAAGUGUUUUUUUCAAUGCCCGAACAGAACGAUGUGUCGUGGAAUACGCUGCUUAAUGGAUAUGCUCGGAUGGGUAAUGGGGAAGAGGUAUGGGAACUGUUUUGCAAGAUGACAGAAUCACAAAUGAAGCUGAGCAAGUUUACCCUGUCUACUGUUCUCAAGGGUUUUGCAAACUCAGAUGCUUUGGGGGCAGGGCAAGUUAUCCAUUCUAUGGCGAUCAAGAUUGGGUUUGAACAAGAUGAAUUUGUGAGUUCUACUCUUGUAGAUAUGUACUCCAAGUGGGGGCUUGCAGAUGAUGCGCUAAAAGUGUUCACGAGGAUAAAAAAUCCUGACAUAGUGGCAUGGACAUCAAUGAUCAGUUGUCUUGAUCAACAAGGGCGGAAACAAGAAGCAGCAAAUUUGUUUCUCUUGAUGAGGGAUAUCGGUUUGAGACCAAAUCAACAUACCCUUUCUAGUCUUGUUAGUACCGCAGCCGAUCUCAACCCACAAUAUAGUGAAAGCAUCCAUUGUGCUGUAUUCAAAUAUGGUUUUCAGUUUGACACUUCAGUCAACAAUGCAUUGAUUACGAUGUACAUGAAAAUUGGGUAUGUUGAAAAUAGUUGUCGGGUUUUUGACUCAAUGAGUAAUCGGGAUUUAGUUUCGUGGAAUGCCCUAUUUUCAGGAUUCCAUGAUAAUGAAACUUGUGAUCAAGGGCUGAGGAUCUUCAACCAAAUGCUUCUGGAAGGUUUCAAGCCUAACAUGCAAACAUUUAUCAGCAUUCUGAGGUCUUGUUCCAGCCUUAGCAAUGUAAGCUUUGGGAAGCAAAUUCAUGCCCGUAUUAUUAAAGGGAAACUUGAUGACGUUUUCGUAGGAACUGCUCUCAUUGACAUGUAUGUCAAGUGUAGGUGCUUGGAAGAUGCAGAAGUAGUUUUUACCAGAUUGAAAGAAAGAGAUGUCUUCACUUGGACAGUGAUCAUUUCUGGCUACGUGCAAACUGAUCAAGAGGAGAAAGCCAUUCAGUACUUCGGUAAGAUGCAAAAAGAAGGUGUUAAACCCAAUGAGUUCACCCUUGCCAGCUGUUUGAGGGGUUGUUCUGGGAUCGCGAACCUUGAAAAUGGGCGGCAGCUCCACUCAUUCGCAAUUAAGUCGGGUCAAUGUGAUGAUAUCUUUGUUGCUAGUGCAAUUGUUGAUAUGUACGGAAAAUGUGGUUGCAUAGACAAUGCAGAGACUUCUUUCAAGGGCUUGGAUUUUCGUGACACCGUGGCGUGGAACACAAUGUUAUGUGGGUAUUCACAACACGGGAAGGGAGAAAAAGCUCUUGAAGCUUUUCAAAUCAUGUUAGUUGAGGCUGCAGUGCCCGAUGGGGUUACCUUCCUUGGUAUUCUUUCUGCUUGUAGCCACAUGGGUUUAGUUGAGGAAGCUAAAAGGUAUUUCAACUCAAUGAGUGAUGUGUAUGGGAUAAUUCCUAACACUGAGCACUAUGUUUGCAUAAUUGAUACCCUAGGUAGGGCAGGCAAAUUUGACGAGGUUGAGAGCCUCAUUGACAAUAUGGAGAUUGAACCAAAUGCCUUGAUAUGGGAGACUGUUCUUGGGGCUUGUAAGAUUCAUGGAAAUAUAGAAUUUGGAGAGAGAGCAGCAGAGAAACUUUUUGAACUUGAACCAGAGAUUGAUUCAAAUUAUAUUUUGCUUUCAAACAUUUUUGCUGCCAAUGGGAGGUGGGGUGAUGUUUCAAGAAUUAGGGCAUUGAUGUCUAGUCGUGGUGUUAAAAAGGAACCAGGGUGUAGCUGGGUAGAGGUAGGUGCUCAGAUCCAUGUGUUCUUGUCUCAAGAUGGGUCGCAUCCAAAGAUCUUGGAAAUAUAUGAAAAGUUAGAGGAGCUUGAACAGAAACGUGCUUCAGUGGCCUAUAUUCCAAACGAAGUUGAAGCGCAUCAUAAUGUGGAUGGUAAAGAGAAGAGCCAGAACCUCUUUCAUCACAGUGAAAGGUUGGCUCUAGCUUUUGCCCUCAUAAGCGACAAGCCGAAUAAAACAAUCAGAAUCUUCAAGAAUCACCGCAUUUGUGAAGACGGCCAUGAUUUUAUGAAGCACAUUUCGAGCAUUAUAAAUCGGCAGAUAGUUGUUCGUGACAUUAAACGCUUCCAUCACUUCCAACAGGGCACCUGCUCGUGUCAGGAUUAUUGGUGAUUUUCUGGUAUAUGAAGUGGUAACUAUAUUCCAUAAAAUUGAAGAUCCUGUUGUCUGCAGCUUAAUAGCAUCCAGGAGAAAAGGUUACCAGUGUUCCCCUGGUGUUGUCUUUCUGAUCAAGGACGAAAUGCAUGCGGUAAAAUUUGUUGUGUUGCUAUUCGUCAUUCGACAAUGAGUGGAACAUAAUGCUAAUUGAUGAGCUCUGUGCAGCAUAUACAAGUGAUGGUGCUAGAUCACUGGGCCAUCCUUGUACACAAUAUUGUGGAUGUAGAGCUUUCGAAAGGUACCAUAUAAUUUUUGCCUAGAUGUAGGACUAUUUCACCCGUGACA